AUGACGUCUAUUUCUAAUGUUUAACACUCAGUUAAACUUUCUAUUUGUGAACGUUGGAUAUAACUGGCAUGUGAGAAAGCAUAAUGGAGAAGAUGAAAAUGUAUAAGGAAGUGGGUGGAGUGCGUAUGCCGCUGCAUUACUUGGAAGAAUCUGUUUUAUCUGGAAUGAAUUAUAUAGCGAAACCUGGAGAUUUAUUUCUCGUUAGUUAUCCGAAAUGUGGAACAACUUGGAUGCAUCAUAUAGUCAACUUAAUCCUUCGUAAAGGUCAACCAUCAGAGGAUCCGUUAGAUUUCCUGUUAGGUUGUCCGUUUAUAGAAAUGAUGGGAAGAGAAUACAUAGAAAUGACUAAACCGAAAGCCAUGAAAACACACUUACCAUUUCUUGCUACUCAUUUUUCUCCAGAUUCUAAAUAUAUUUACAUUACCAGAAACCCUAGAGAUUGUUGUGUUUCGUUUUAUCAUUACAUAAAAUUCCAUCCACUUCCUACAGUCGAAUUAAGUUUUCAAGAAUUUUUUGAAGCAUUUCUCGAUGGUAAUAUACCAUACGGCGAUUAUUUCGAUCAUCUUCUCGGAUGGUACGAACAUAAAAAUGACGACAACGUUCAUUUUGUAACAUACGAAGAUCUCAAGAAAGAUAUUAAACGAGAAAUAUUGAAAAUAGCCAAAUUUAUGGGAGAAGAAUACGAAGAAAGUAUUUUGAGUGAUCCAACAAUAUUAGAAAAUAUUGUUUAUUACAGUAGUUUCGAUUAUAUGAAGGAGAACAGCAAAAAGAACGUUGAUGUGUUUUUUCAAAAAGACAAAACGUGGCUUGAAAACAAAAAUAUACCUCCAGUGAUGAGAAAAGUUGUACAAAAUUUAAAUAAAACAGGAAAAGAUACAGAAAGCGGGAUCCUGGUUAGAAAAGGAAUUGUUGGCGAUUGGAAAAAUCACUUUAACGAAGAACAAGUACGAUUGUUAAAUGAAAAAAUUGUGGAAAGAACAAAAGACAGUGACGUCAUGAAUUUGUGGAAAGACAUUUUUUGA